AUGAAUCUUGAUGCAGUCUCUUUAGCACUUGCUCAAAUAUCAUUUACAAUCAAAAGUUUAUCAAAAAAUAAUUUCAAAAAUUCUAUUACUGAAAUAUCAAAUCUCAUAACUGAAUAUGGAUUUGAAGCUGAACGUCAUUUAUAUCGUACAUUAUUAACUUAUAUUGAUUUACAAUCAAUUGAAGAAAAUAAUUCAAUAUUAAAACGUUCGGAUAAUAUUCAUUUAAAUUAUUUACAACAAGAAAUUUCAUCAUUAAUAUUAAAACCAAAUUUUAUUACAUUAAUUUGUUAUGCUUUUGAUACAGCUAUAACACAAAAAUCUUUUAAACUUCCAUCAUCAUCAAAUGGAUUUUUAACAUUAUUAUGUAAAUUAUUAAAAUUAAAUCAUGUACAAGAACUUAUUUUUGUUCUUGCUUUACAAAAUUCAAUUCAUACAGAAAUUCAAAUAUUAGUUCAUGAACAUAUUCAAAAAUGUUUACCUGAAUUUAUUCAAACAAUAAUUGAAUUUGAUCAUGGUUUAAAAGAAACAGGUUUAAUUGAUUUACCUGUUGAAGUACUUCAUUUACUUUUAAUACAAAUUCGACAAUAUGUAUCUAAUGAAUCAUCAAUUCUAAAUGUUGAACAAUAUGAACAAUUACUCAAUUUACUUCGAAAAGAAUAUCCAAUUGAACGAAUAGGCAAUAAUAAUUUAUUAAUUCUUCUUCCUAUACUUUAUCCAUCGAAUAUUAUUUCAAAUGAUCUCACAUCUACACAAAUAUUAUCUGAUUCUAGUAAUCUUUCAACAGCCGUAUGGCAAAUGGAUGGAAUAUUAUCUGAAGUUAUUCUUGAAAUGGGUUAUGAUUUUACAUCAUCAAUUGAACAUUGUCGAAAUGCAUUAGUUCAUUUUGGUUUACAAGAAUUAAAACCAUCAACAAUUGCACGAAUACUUUCAUCAAUGAUUAAAACACAUUCAGGCCUUACUGAAAAUACAACAAUUUAUGAUUCUAAUGGUAUUGAAAUGAUAACAAAUAAUGAUAAAAAUUCAUCACAAACAUGGAAUGUUGAUACAUUUGUAAUAGCUAUAAAUGAUUUGGUACCAACUGUAAAUUGGAAAGAUGUUGUAAAAGAAUUUGAUCAUCCAGGAUUUUUAGUACGUGAUCGACAAGCUCUUAUAUUACUUGUAACAGCACUUCGUCGAGCAUUAUCAACUGAACAAUAUAUUGAUUUACUUUAUGGACGUUGGAAUAAUGUUGAAGGACAAUUAUCAUGGCUUGCUCAAGCAAUUCGUUAUCCUGAUGUAUUUUGUUUUGGUGAUCAUCCAGCACAUCCUGUUUUAAUUGAUUGUCUUAAACAUCCACUUGAUGAUACAAAAGAAACAUGGACAUGGCGUUCAUUAAAUUUAAUUGAAUGUUUAUUACGUAUUGCUGAUACAGGUUUAUAUCCAAUUGUACUUGAAAUAUUUAAACAUGGUAUUCAACGUUCUGGUGAAUUGAUUUUUCUUGGUUUAUUACAACUUCAUACUAUUUGGACAACAUUAAAACAAGAAUUAUUACAAUUAAUAAUACCUACAUUUCUUCCCAAUAGUCCUAAUGCAAAUCCACUUCUUAAUUACAUGUGGAAUUCACAACAUCAUACAACAGCAUUACGUACAACAUUAUUAACAGCAUUAGCCGAUUGGUAUAAUCGUUCAAAUGAUAAUGAACAACAGCAACGUCUUAGUCGUGUACUUGAAAUUGUACAAGAUUUAAAAGCUUUACCUAUAUUACUUGCAGCACAACCAAUAACAUUUAUUCUUGAUUUAGCUUGUUUAGCAUCAAGACGUGGUUAUUUAAAAUUAGAUAAAUGGUUAUCAGAUAAAUUACGUGAACAUCAAGAUUUAUUUAUUCAAACAACAGUACAAUAUUUACGUAAAAAAGCUCCACAAUUAUUACAAUUACCUUCAAAAGAUGAUACAAAUUAUAAACAAAUUUCUAAUAUUGAAACAAUAACUAUAUUAUUAACUGUUCUUCAAUUAGCAUUACCAUCAAUAACAAAUCUUGAUCUAAUACAAGAAAUUCAAACAAUGACAUCAACAGCUAAAAUUCUUAAUAAUUUAACACCAGCAAGAUCUGAAACAUUUCAUAGUACAUUAACACAUCCUUUUACACCAUCACCAACCAAUGGACUUUCAUUAUCAACACAACUUCGUUCCUUACAAAGUUCAAAUAAUAAUGAAUCAUCAAUAAUAAAUGAAAUAUCAGAUGUUGAUGUUUAUUUUAAACGUUUAUAUUCUAAAACAACAAAUCCACCACCAAUAUCAGUUGAUGAAUUUCUUGAUAUAAUGACAAAAUGUAAAGAUUCAACAAUACUAAGAGAACGAGAAGUUUUUCAAAAUGGAAUAAGAAAUUUAUUUGAAGAAUAUAAAUUUUAUCCUCAAUAUCCUGAAAGAGAAUUACUUUUAACAGCACAAUUAUUUGGUGGAUUUUUUGAACGUGGUUUAUUUCAAAGUCAAGUUUUUGUUGCAGCAUUUCGAGUUAUACUUGAAGGAUUAAAAAAACAAGUUGGAUCGAAUCUUUGGAAUUUUUCUGUAGCAGCACUUAAUCGAUGUAAAACAAGAAUUCGUGAACAAUCAACUUUUCUUCAAGCAUUACGAAAUUUACCAACUUAUUCUGAACUUCCACCAGCAAUAGUUGAUUAUCUUGAUUAUAAUUCUAAACCAACAAUUUCACAAACAUUUGAUCCAUUACGUACAUUAACACCACCAAAUUUACCAUCACAACCAGUAGCUACUAGUCCACAUUCACAUCUAUUUUCAAGAAUGAAUAGUGUACCAUCGAUGACAACACCUAAUCAACAACAAUUUAAUCCAAUUGGAAAAGAAAAUACUGCACAAAAAGGCCCAUCAUUAACACAAAAUGCAAAUAUUCGUACAUUAAUCAAUGAUCCAAGUUAUAAUCUUGUUCGAAUAAAACAACCACCUGAACAUAUUAAUGAUAAAAUUGCAUUUACAUUUAAUAAUUUAUCACUUUCAAAUCUUUCACAAAAGGCACAAGAAUUAAAAGAUUUAUUAAAUAAUGAUGAACAAUUAUGGAAAUGGGUUGCACAAUAUUUAGUUAUAAAACGUGUUUCAUUAGAACAUAAUUUUCAUUCAUUAUAUGCUGGUUUUCUUAAUACACUUAAUAUAAAUAUUCUUUUUGAUACAGUUUUAAGUGAAACACAUCGAAAUAUAAAAAUUCUUUUAUUAAGUGAUAAACAGAUCAAUAAUAUUCCUGAUCGUUCACUAUUAAAAAAUCUUGGUCAUUGGCUUGGAAUGAUUACAAUCGGAAGAAAUAAACCAAUUCUUGCUACGGAUUUAGAAAUUAAAUCUUUAAUCAUUGAAGCAUAUCAUAUGGGUCCACAAGAAUUAUUAUAUAUUAUACCAUUUGUUUCAAAAAUUUUAGAAUCAUGUGCAAAAAGCAAAAUUUUUCAACAACCAAAUCCAUGGUUAAUGGGUAUUAUGUCUAUUCUUGCAGAAAUGCAUGGAACACCAGAUUUUAAAUUAAAUUUAAAAUUUGAAAUUGAAGUUCUUUGUAAACAAUUAGAAAUUCAAUUAAAUGAACUUCCAAUUCAUCAUAUAUUAAUUAACAAAGAAUAUUUUGAUAAAAUUGAAAAACAAUUAUCAAAUCUAACUUCUCAAGUUACAUCUAUACCACCAUCUAUUACUCCAUCAACACAAGCAUCAUUAUCAUCAACAACAACAACAACAUCAACAACAACAACAAUGACAUCAACAAUAACAACAAUAUCUGAACCACAAUUUCGAUUAUCAGAUUUUAAACCAUCAACAUUUCAAUCAUUAAGUUCUAUGCUUAAAAUAAAUUCAAAUAUAGCACUUUUUCGUAUACAUCCAAAUCUUAAAACUCAUAUAUAUUCUCCAAUUGAACAAGCAAUUAAUGAAAGUUUUCAAACUGUUCAACGUUCACUUAAAGUAGCAACAACAGCAGCUGAAACAAUAGCACGUAAAGAUUUUCUUUUAAAUCCAGAUGAACAACAAUUACGUACAUCAGCACGUAAUAUGGUUGCUUAUUUAAGUAGUGGUCUUGUUCUUAUAACAGCACGUUCAGCAUUACAAGAUCAAAUACAAUCCUAUAUUAAAUCUCAUUUUUCUACUGUACUUGGUAUAUCUCAAACAUCAACAAUAAAUAAUAAUAAUAAUAGUAAUAAUACUAAUAAUGAACAAACAGCAACAAUUGAAAUGAUACAACAAGCUGCUAAUGAAAUUGCAACAUCAAAUAUUGAAUUAUGUUGUUGUCUUUUACAACGAAUAACAAUAAGUCGUGCUAUACAAUUAAUUGAUCAACGUUUGGCAAGUGAUAUUGAAUUACGACAACGUUGUAGAGCUGAUGGACGACAAUUACCUAUGACAAAUACUAUCAAUGAAGAAAGAUUACCAGAACAAAUUCGUUUACAUCAUGGACCAUUUUCACCACAUCAAUUAGCUAUUUAUGAAGAUUUUGUUCAUUUUAUUCCAGGUUUUAAACCGAAUGAUAGUGAAAAACGAGAUUUAACCACGAUGGAUGAAACUGUUCCAUCUGUAUGGGAUCGUUUAAUAUCUGAUAUUGAUCAAACAAUUCAAAGUCAACGUAAUCAAUUAUUUACAACAGCAUUUCAACGUUUAUUAGAAAGUGUUAAUUUAUUACGAUCUAAUUUACAAAAUCAAACAUCAACAAAUGCACCACAAGCAGCAUUAACAAAUUUAUUAAAUAUGAUACUUUAUAAUUAUCUUGAACAUUAUACAGUACAAUCUCAAAUGCAAGAUAAUGAAAGUUUUGAACGUUUUAAAACAAUACAUAUGAAUGUAUUAAAAUUACUUAUUGAAAUACGUUUACCAUUAGCAUUUAUUAAUAAACAAUUAACAAAAUCAUGGUUAGAAUGUAUUAAUGAAUUUAAAUUUAAUAUAUUUGCUGUUCAUCAUUUAAUACGUAAUCGUCUUCUUGAUAUACGACAAAUUGAUGGACAAAUAUCUCAAUUAAUUGAUUCAGGAAGUAAUUCAGCACUUCAUUUUGCUGUUAAUUUUCUUCGUAGUUGUGUUAUUGAACAACCAUGUUGUUCUGAUAAUGAUAUACCAUUAAUACUUGAUUCUCUUCAUCGUAUAUCAUUAAUUGGUAAACAACCAGCUGAAGCUGUUCGUGAUUUACUUGAAAUAAUACGUUUAAAUUAUACAUCAUUAAAUGAUUCAAAUGAAAAUAAAAUUGAUAAAUUAGCUAUAUUAUCAUUAUCAGUUAUAAAUAAUGGUAUGAAAUAUUUAUCAAUUGAUGAUAUUGAAACAGUAACAAUUGUUAAUAAAGCUAAAACUAUUUUAAAUGAAUGGGUUAAUUUAACAAUGACACCAAUUAAUCGUAUUAGUCAACAACAAGCUUUUCAAGAAUAUUUUAAUCAGAUGACUCUUCAAGGAAUAUUUCGUUCAGAUGAUACAAUAGCAAAAUUUCUUCGUACAACAAUUCAAUUAUGUAUUAAUAAUGUUUAUGAUGUUGUACAACAAAAUUCAUCAUCAACACAACAACAACAACAACAACAACAACAACAAACACAAUAUAUUCGUUGUCAUCAAGGAAUUGAUUCUCUAUGUCGAUUUUUAUAUUUAUUAACAGUACAUACAUCUGAUAAUAAUAAUUAUGGUGCACGUAUACAUUUAAUAAAUUGUAUAUUAGGUUUAUUAGCUACACUUUGCUUUUUGGAUCAUGAAGAACGUGGAGAUCAAUUUCAUCCACUUGCAUAUCAAAGAAUUAUUUUAAAUUUAUUUCAAGAAUCAACAAAUGCUGUUUCAUUAAAUGUAACAAAUUCGACAUCCGUUGGUGAUAAUACAUCAUCUAAUGAUCAAGUAAUGUAUUAUAUUUAUUUGGCAUUUACAAAUUGUUUACAUCUUUUACGUCCUCAACGAGUAACCGGUUUUGCUUUUGCAUGGCUUGAAAUUGUUGCUCAUCGAACAUUAAUGUCACGUUUUUUAUUAUAUGGUGGUCGAAAUUAUCGUCAAAUUCAAAAUAUGUAUUCAUUACUUCUUGUUGAUGCAUUACGUCUUGUUGCUCCAUUUAUACGUUCCGGUGAAAAUACUCUAUCAUUUCAAGUUUAUUAUAAAGGUAUAUUAAAAACAUUUAUGUUAUUAUUACAUGAUUUUCCGGAAUUUUUAUGUGAACAUUAUUAUGAAUUUUGUGAUUCAUUACCAUUAAUAUCACAUCAAUUACGUAAUAUAAUAUUAUCAUCAUUUCCAAAACAUAUACGUUGUCCUGAUCCCGUUAAAGUUAAUAUUAAAAUAGAUAUGCUUAAUGAUAUAUCAACAACACCAACAAUAUCAUAUAAUUAUUCAUUAAAUAUUCAACCAUCAAAAUUUAAAACAAAUCUUGAUUCAUAUUUACGUACACGUUCACCAGUAACAUUUUUAUCUGAAUUACGUUCAUAUUUACAACAAGGUGCUGAUCCUGGUUCACAUUAUAAUAUACGAAUGUUAAAUGCACUUGUUUUAUAUGUUGCUACACAAGCAUUAUCAACAAUAAAUAAUAAACAACCAUUAAUGUCAUCUAUAACACAUACAGCACAUAUGGAUAUAUUUCAAAAUUUAGCUGUUGAUUUAGAUACAGAAGGACGAUAUUUAUUUUUAAAUGCUAUGGCUAAUCAUUUAAGAUAUCCAAAUACACAUACACAUUAUUUUAGUUAUACAAUAUUAUAUUUAUUUGCUGAAGCUAAUUCAGAAGCUUUACAAGAACAAAUUGUUCGAGUUUUACUUGAACGACUUGUUGCAAAUCGUCCACAUCCAUGGGGUUUAUUAGUUACAUUUUUAGAACUUGUACGAAAUCCAAAUUUAAAAUUAUGGUCAAGAGAAUUUAUGAGUAUUUCACCUGAUGUUAAACGUUUAUUAGCAACACUUACUCAUGGUUUUCCACAAUUUCCAACAUCACCAAUGUCUUCACAACAACCAGCGAUUGUUAAACCCUAG